GGAGUCGCAGCCCCCGUCUCAGAACUGUUCUCCCUGCCCUUUUCAGAGAUCGGCCAGCCCGGCUGAGACCACUUAGCGAUGACAAAACAAAAGCUUCUGCUUGAUGGGACACUCUCCCUGUUUCUGAUCGUGACCUGUGAAGCUCAGCAGCUCCCAAGGAGUCAUGUUGCUGCCAGUUCUGGCCCGCUCUGUGAGAAGGAAGCAGAGUCCUGGGGAAGCCUGUUCAGCAGCGAGCGGCUGGAUGCCUGGAUCUGUUCCCUCGUCGGUUCGUUUAUGGUGGGGCUGAGUGGGGUCUUCCCCUUGCUGGUGAUCCCGUUUGAGACGGGCGCUGCUCUGCGCUCGGAAGCUGGAUCACACCGUUUGAAGCAGUUGUUGAGUUUUGCAAUUGGUGGGCUACUGGGAAAUGUGUUUCUGCAUCUGCUUCCUGAAGCCUGGGCCUACACAUGCAGUGCAACAACAGGUGAAGCACAGAGCUUUCAGCAGCAGAAGCUUCUGGGUCUCUGGGUGAUCACUGGUUUCCUGACCUUUCUGGUAUUAGAGAAGAUCUUCCUAGAGGAAGAAGAGGAGUGCCCUGCUGUGGACUGUGAUUCCAAAGCACCAGCUGGAAGGAUUUCCAACGGCAGUGGCUACCCCCUGCCAAAGGUGGCGGGCCAGUCCCAAGGAGCAGGAACAGGUUCAACUCACUGUAAUGGCUCCUCCCUCCAGGCUUGUCCCAGAGACAACAGAAUCAAGAUUAGUGGAUACCUCAAUCUCCUGGCCAACACCAUUGACAACUUUACACAUGGCCUGGCGGUAGCAGCCAGCUUUCUGGUUAGCAGAAAGGUUGGUUUUCUAACCACAAUGGCCAUUCUCCUGCACGAAAUUCCACACGAGGUUGGAGACUUUGCAAUCCUACUUCGGGCUGGCUUUGACCGCUGGAGUGCAGCCAAGAUGCAGCUUUCCACUGCUCUUGGGGGGAUUCUAGGAGCCUGCUUUGCAAUGUGUGCUCAGUCACCGAAGGGAGCAGGGGAAACAGUAGCCUGGAUCCUCCCUUUCACAUCUGGAGGGUUUCUGUAUAUUGCCUUGGUAAAUGUUGUGCCUGAUCUCCUGGAGGAAAAGAAUCCUUGGUAA